UGGACUUUCUGGCUCGACAAGUCACUUCCUGGUACUACAGCGGCUGAAUGUGCAUCAAAUCUGAAAAAGAUCUAUACAGUACAAACAGUACAGAAUUUCUGGAGUGUCUAUAAUAAUAUUCCUCCUGUGACAAAUUUGCCUCUGCGAUGUAGUUACCAUUUAAUGCGGGGAGAAAGACGGCCACUUUGGGAAGAGGAAAGCAAUGCCAAAGGAGGUGUGUGGAAAAUGAAAGUUCCUAAAGAAAGCACGGCGGCCGUUUGGAAAGAGUUACUGCUAGCAACUAUUGGAGAACAGUUUACCGACUGCUGUGCAGCAGCUGAUGAAGUAAUAGGAGUUAGCGUCAGCGUUCGUGAUCGUGAAGAUGUUGUUCAAGUUUGGAAUGUGAACGCAUCUUUAGCGAGCGAAGCAAAAGUAUUAGAAAAGAUCUACACACUUCUGCCACAAACGUCUUUUAAAGCUGUGUUUUAUAAGCCCCAUAAAGAGCAUCAUGCUUUUGAAGGUCGACGUGGAAAACAUUAACUGCAGUCAGAACCAAACUCACACUUUGUAAUCUGGUUUUUGGAAGUGAUUUAAAUGGGGAGAAGCAUGGACAGAAGCCUUUGCAGAAGCAUCACAGGAGCUGGCCAGUUUCCAUUUGUCUCUGAGGCUUUCAAUUUGGGCAAUUCUUACUCAAGACAAGGGAAGAUGUUGCCUUGCUUACUGAACAUGACAUUCAUUACAUUUGGUUCUCUAAAUCCUCAGUUUAAUUUCUUGUUGAAACAAAAUAUAUUUGGCCACUUGGUUUUCAGUUGGAUUAUAUUUCUAGCCCUGUUUCAGUAAAGUUGAAGACGUUUGUUUCUUUUGAAGUAGUUGUACUGUACUUAGUUACGUGCAAACAUGCACAAACAUGAUAUGCUGCUUUUCCUUGACUUGCUGUAAAUAGAGGAGAACUCGCUUGGUGGAAUAUGUUUUCAGUUUUUGUUUUGAAACAUUCCUAUCAUGUUAAGAUGUACUUGCUGUCUGUGUCCCGAGAGAGAGAAAUUGCACUGCAUUAUUCUAAUACGCAAAGUAAUCUGGUUUUGCACUGACAAUAGCAGAUAUACUGUACAAGUAAAUAAUAGCGUAAUCACUGAAUGAGAGAACACAUUUGAAUUGGGCUGAUGCCCCGAGAGAUGAUGCUAGCCAGUGACUUUACCUUGGGUGAUUUCAAAUUAGCACUUAAUUCAGACUAAAAUGAGAGAGCUUGCAUCAGGAAAGCCAGCACCUCUCAUUUUGGAGGGCAUGAUGUUUUAGUAAUUUUUGUAUGCUUCUUAGGAAGUGUUUCUGUGCAUCUGUUAAAAAGUUUCACAGUUCAUUUUUAGCAUGUUUUAGAAAGUCAGUCUUGUCCUUAUGCUGCUUAGAUGAGAUUAGACCCCAAUUUACACCCGCAAAGGUCCCUAUCAGAAUUCUUAUCAACUUCAGUGCAAGCAGGGAUGGCCCCAGCAUAUUUCAGUUCAAGCUAUGAUAACGCCUUAAGUCAGUUAAGGUGGGGUUUGGCCGGAGCAGGGGGGAAAAGAGGUUGUUUUUUGGGGAGGGGAGGGUUGUUUUUACAGCAUGAAUGUGAAUAUUGAUAACAUUAAACUUUGAAGUGUAUUUGUCCAUAUUAAUGGCGAUUUCAACAUGUUUUAUUAUAGUACCAAAGAUUUUAUUUUUAGUUUCUUUUACAACAGGAAGCUGCCGAGCAGAAAUGAAUGUGCACUCCGCUGAUCAUUACUUCACAUUUAGUGUUUUUGUCUGGAAAUUGUUCAGGUUGCACUGAUUUCCACAUAUCUAGCAUCUCAAAAGGCAGCCAUUAGAAUUGAAUACGGUGAAAAAUAAAAUUUUCCCUUUUUAAUUUUUUUACAUCAUCUGUAUUUAUGAAUUAAAAGUUGUGCAGUUAAUGAGCAUUGCUAAUUAAACAAGUUUUCUAAAAGCAAA